UUCCAGGUCGCUUAUCCUCACAAGGGUGGCGGGAAUGCUGGAAAAUGUCCCCUUUCAAGUUCAACUUUGCAGGAGGCGUCAAAGGACAAAAUAGUGGAUGAAGAGGAGGAGGAAUAUUUGUUGAUCAUUAACAGUAAUCGCGAGAAUCCCCAUUGGUCACGUGGGGGAGGGGCUUCGGGUGGUAGGCGGAGCCCGAGGCGAGGAGAAACGGUGAAGUUUGCAUGGUCGUCACUCAUUUGUUCACUUUUUCUUCAAGAAAGUGAAGCCCAACUCAGAACCACCCCUUCUACCGUUACCAUAGCAACACCUCUGUUGACAUCAUAGCAAUGACGACGCCUGUGCUGUUGCCAUAGUAACAUCACCCUAGUCACGCCCCCUUGCUGAUGACUGGCAGGAUUUUGUGACUUGGCAUACGUAGUUUCCGUUCGGGCACUUUCCUGGGCUCAACAUCGCCCCCUGCUGCCGCCAUGGACAACGUUCCGAGAAGGUGGGUGCUGAAGCCUCUGUCCCCCCCACUGCAUCCAUCUGACCUGCGUCACAUUACGGGUCCAGCCAGAGGUGAAGAUGAUGCGUUGCCGGGUCCUGAGGGCCCGGUGGUCCGCGCCUGCCAGGUCACGGUUUCCCAGGAAGGGGGCGACAGCGGCGACGAGCGGCAUCCCGGCAGUCCCGGCGGCAGCAGCUCAGGAUCUCACAGCGGGUUCUACUCAUUCGUGGAGGACCCGACAAGUCCGGAAGCAGAGCUGAAUGAGGCAUGGAUGGUAUGUCCUCAGCGGCAGGGUCAUCUCACCACCCUGAUGGAGGACAGGGCCUUUAAAGUGCAGACGUACACCAGCGGUAAGAAACCAGAGACUUUGUUUACAGACUGCGAGUCACAGUACAAAAUCCAACCAGAAAACCACUGCCAAGUAUUUGGGGAGGAAGACGAGAAGCAACUCAGGAUGGAAAUUAUCCAAAAGCAAGCCCCAAAGAAGAAGUCCACUUUCAAACUAAGUGACCGAGUCGACGUGCUGGAGAAGCUGGAUUGGAGUCAGCCGACAAGUGUCCUGACAAAAGGUUCCGGGUUCAGCUGCAGUCCCGUCAGUCUAGAGCCCCCUCAGUCCGUAGACGCCGGGGUGAUCGACAGGGCUCAGAUUGACUUCAGUGCAGCUCGGCAGCAGUUCCUGCAGCUGGAGCGGGACGAGCGGAAUGUCCCUGUCAACCCCUGGACUUCACGUUCUUCCGAGAAGAUGGCCGAAGAGGACGCAGCACUGUCGGAGUCCGGAGAAGGUCAGACCCCACCUGGGACUGAGCAGAGCUCAAGCGUGAGCGGCAUACCCAAUGACCCCGACUUGUUGGUUGCGGAGGACUUGUCUGCGAAGGUGCUCGGUGGCUCCCUCAGUGACAAGGAUGUGUUUGACAACGGCGGUCUCCAAGCAACUCGGAAAGGAAAAUCUGAAGUUCACAAUGAAACUCCGAUUGAGAAAGACAUCCGCUUAGUUCAGGAACGUGAGGAAAUCCUCAGACGCUCACGAGGCCUUAAGCACAGUGAUGAAUUCUCAGGGAUGGUAAAGGUUUAUACCAAGCGGGUGCAAUCACCGCUAAUACCCCACAAAACCAAAGAGAAGACCAACGUGAGCUUCGUCAUUCAGCAAGAAAACCACAAAGAGAAUAUCGAUCAUCUUCAAAGUCCACAACCGCUGAAGGAGCUUUCAGACCCAAAGAGACGGUUCCAGGAGGACGUACAGGACCGUCGGGUCUUUUUUUCCCCUUGCUGUCCUCAUAGACAUGCUGAGGAAAUUUCCUCCUCUCCGUCCACAAUAUUGUCCCCGUCUCCUCGGCACGGCCUGUCAUGGACCAGAACUCACUCUUGGAGGACCAACCAGGAGUACACUGGCCUGGAGUGCAGGAAAACCAGUGCCCCGGAUUUCAUCGAGAGAGAGAUCGAAGAGGCUUUGCUACGAGAGCAGGAGCUUCAGGUGUCUCGACAGUCUAGAGAGUCCUUGGAAUCCAGACAAGCAAGGGAAUCUAGAAAGUCCGGGGACCCCAGAGCGUCCAGCAAGUCUGGAGAGUUCCUCUCUCCUGCCCCUUUAGUGGAGCAGGCAUCCAAGAGUGGCAUCAAGCGGAUUGACCACACGGAAAACUCAGGCCUGACGGCAACGCCGGCGAGGGACUUCGUGGAGCGACGGGCGCGACAGAAGAUGGACGACAGCUCCUACGCUGGAAUCCCGCCCAUCGAUGACAUCAACAACCAGGUUGUGGAAUCCACUCGAGUUAUUCGACAUAAAAAUCAGCGCGCUCUCCGCUGGGAGGCGGGCGUCUUUGCCAACCAGCUGGACGAGCGGAAGGAACAGAUGGGCCACCGCAUCCAGAUUCAGAGCCAGACCUACGCCUAGACCCGCGUGGAGGACCACGUUGUGGUGAAAUAUGGGAUGCGCGAGCAGCAGCCUCAUCAAGGGUCAGGACGUGAGCACGAGACAACAAAGACUUCCAAAUUUGAUCCAUUUUUUUUUUCCCUGAAUCUUUGUAUAUACAUGAAACGUUUGAAUAUUUGCUGUGACAAAAGAAAUACCAACAGAAUCAUUUCAACUGUAAAGACAUUUUAUUUGCCACGCAGCCUUCAUUUCCAUUCACAGUUUUUGACAUUGAAAGUUUGAUCUCAGCACGUUUGCCUCGCAGUUCAGCGCUUCUGCUUUCUGGCCUUCCCGUGUCUCGUUAGCACGUUUUGAACAAAUUGUUAAGGCGCUCAAGUGGCUCUUUCCUCGCACGUUCCAAAAAGUGCCACGAGGACUCAGCGUGACUUGACGGGCCCCGACCUUGGCGAGCGGACGCCCGGGGGCCGCUGUAGCAAAGACGUGGACCGGUCGCUGGUCGCGUUCGGCGGCAGGAGACGAGCGUGCCGCCGGACGAAAGACGCCCGCCGCCUCGACCGAUUGCGUUUGGCCGCGUUGCAAAGCGAGGGGGGAGGAGAGAAAGGCAGCUCCGUCCCUGGAGGCCUGGGAAGGAUUGUUUUGGGCUCCCGCCAUCAAAGGUGAAGGAGAGCUGCCAAUUGUUCCAGCGCCGUGUGAUUGGUUGGUUGGUUGGCUCCACGAGCAGAAAAAAAAAAAAAAAGGACUUGACGAGAGUUUUGCCCAUCUGCUGUCUCUUUUCUGAUGUGUUGGUUGUGCAUAAAUUGGGCCCGUCAGCUGAGGAAAAUUGGCCAUUUCAAAGCAUUACCUGCUCCUUUGAUUUUGCGGGUGAAAUAAUAGCGCUGUACAACAAGGAACUGAUCUGCCAAAGGAACAAGUAGGAAUUAUGAAAAUGAACGUCCUUUUCCUAUUGAAGAUUUAAAAUAGGGACAGUCCGACGUCCGUCCGUCCCUCCAUCCAUCCCUUUUCUGAACCUCUCCUCAUUCAGGUCGGGGUAGUGGCGCUAACUUACCCCGGCUAUCUUUGGGCGACAAGUCGCCGUACGUCCUCCGACGCUCACCGACCAAUCGCAGGCCACGUCAAAACAAACGACCAUUCGCUCUCGCAUUGGCAACUACGGGGAAUUUCUUGCCUUCAAUCAACCUACCGUGGAUGUUUUUGGCAUGUGUGAGGAAAGCAGAGUGCCCGCAGAAAAGCCGCCCAUGCACGGAGAGAAGUUGCGGACUCCACACAGGUGAGGUCUGCGGUGAGAAGCCACAACCUCAGAACCGGGAGGCGCACGCGCUAACCAGUCGCGGUCGGAAUCGGAUAGAUUGGCUGAGUAAGAUUUUGCUUUUUUUGCAGCGCCGUCACUGAGGGAGCCGCCGGAGGCCUCCAGUCCUCCACAAGCAACCGACCAACAUGUCCGAGCCAUUCAGUGUGCCGCUCACGCUUGACUUGUGCUCACUCUGUUGAUCGUUGGGCGUUGACGCACCCCGCUACAGAUUGGCGACCAGUCCGGGGCGUGGCCAGCUUCUCGCAGUCAGCGUAGGCUCCGGCUGACCUCUGGCUGUACAAAAUACAACGCAAGGAAGUUUGUGGUGUUCUAGCGUCAUCGUGCAGCUAUUUGGCUCAAGGGAUCCGAGUGGUUCUUUUGAGGCAACAUCAGUGGAUUAGCCACUGAGUGACGCGAGCGGAACCCUUUUGGAUGACUUAACUUCCCGUAUUUGCCUCCUCGUCCACUGCAGUUUCUCCCCUUCUUGAAUUCAUUUUCUUUCCCUUUGGAUCAUGACGGCAACAAAUUUGUCAGACAAAAAAUGAUGAACAAACACGCAUUGGACAACAGCGCGCGCACAUACACACAAACGUUCACGCUUAGCAUCACCAUGGCAACUGAGCUACCACCACACCGUUGAGAAGCCCAUAGACACGCAUACACAGACCUCUCCCCCCCCCCCCCCCCCGAGGUGAUACGACGUAGUGGAUGUGGCCGGCGACAGUUGGACUUCAGAAAGCGCCAACUGAAAAAGAGCCUCUCUUCUUU